CGAAGUCAAGACAGUUUUUUUCACAUUGCGGAAUUGCUUUUUCUAAUGUUAACAAUUAUAUUUGUAAUAGAGCAAUUUAACGCAAAUUUGAUAUUUGAAUUUGAACUUUAGAAGGCGACACAGGGUGACUCAAUAGAACAAAAAACACCUUGUCUGAUGCGAAAAAAAGCUUUGUGAUGUAACCGGAGGCCGCACACAGAACGAAAAGAAGUCGAGGAAAAAACAACCAAAAAUCUAAAAAUAUGACAGGCAACAACAACAACAAAAAGAACAACACCAAAGCCGAAACAAUAAACGAAGUUUCAGACCGUUUCUUUGUGAGAGCUUCAAACUAAUUGUUCAUGGGAAUGGAAAUAUGUAUACAUAUAUAUAAUUGGUACAUAUAAAUACUCAAAGCGAAACCGGCUCGAGCAUUCAGUUUGUCGCUGGCUGACGGAAGUGACGGAACCGCUGGAGCAGCGAAAUUUUUCAAAUAGAGCGCGGCCUUCAGACAUUGGAAAGGGGAAAUUUUGUUGAAUCGAUUUUGAAUACAAUGGAGUACUUGCAAUACGCCUAUGAGAAAAUCUUUGGAGCCGAUGAUCCGUUAGAUGCCACGCAAAUUAAUUAUGAUACACCCCGCAAAGUCGUUUGCUUUGGCAAUGUUCUGCUGGAUCGCACUGUGAAGCUGGAGGCGCCGGAGCUGCUGCAACGCUAUGAGCUGAAGCUGGGCUCCAAGGGUGAAAUGGAUCUGGAGCGGUUGAACAAUAUUGUCGUAGAGGCAGCUAAUGGCUCCAGCUACUUAAAUAACCCAGGUGGGUCUGCUUUGAAUACGGUGCGUAUUCUUAAGCACCUCGGCACAGACGCCCAGUUCUUCGGCUCGAUUGGUAAUGACAAACAUGGAGAGGAGUUGCGCUCUUUGCUGCUGGAGCGUGGCAUUGAGGCUCGACUGCAGGUAGUCGACGAUGUACAUACGGGCCAGUGUGUGUGUCUCAUGUACAACGACAGUCCCACGCUCUAUGCAAACAUCGGGGCAUCCGCCCACUUCUCUGUUCAAGAGCUGAAGCGAGCUGCUAUGCAUGACACACAAAGCUUUCUGCGUCCCAUUGAACGAAAGCAAAUUCUUUAUGUGGAGGGCUUCUUUGUGCCUCACCGUAGCGAAGUCUGUGAUUAUAUACUGGUGCACUUGGUGCGGGAACGUCGUCAUCUGGCAUUGAAUCUCAGUGCUCCUUAUAUAGUGCGUGAGCACUCGGAACAGAUGCAGCAGCUGGCGAAUCGUGCGAUGUUUAUAUUCGGCAAUCGGCAGGAGUUUGAAGAGCUCGCCAAGGUAGCUGGCUGUGAGACAGUGGAAAAUCUGGCACGCCAGCUGUUGCAGCUGGGCCAGCCCAAGAUUUUGCUAAUCACAAAUGGCGACGCAGGUGUGCAGCUGGCCACUAACUACGUGGCAGAGCGUGCACCUCCCGGCGAGCUGCGAUUCGAGGAUUUCAGAGCACAACGCGCCGAGCAGCUGGUGGAUGCCACUGGAGCUGGAGAUUCAUUUGCUGCCGGCUUCCUGCACGCAUGGCUCGAGAAACGCUCGCUCACUGAGUGCGUCCGUUUGGCUAGUAACGUCGCUUCCAAGGUCGUUACUCAGGUGGGCUGCAACCUGCCUUAGCUGCCAUCGGGUGCCCCUUUCACUCUAUGGUAUGCAAAGAGAAACUCAGCGACACCAAAGUAUGCCUUAAUUGCACGAAUAUUAUGUAAUAUAUAAAUGUAUAUACUUAGUUCCUUAUGAUGCGACAAUGCACUCAGUGAGUAAUAUUUUUGCGCUCGGAUUGUAGCAAUUUUGCAAAUCAAAAACAACAAUAAAUAUUACCAUAAAAUAAGAUGGCAAUUACACAUUUUUUCUUAAUGA